CGGAGGUCCCGGUGAAGGUGUUGAACUGUGACACGGUGACUCAGGUCAAAGACAAGCUGCUGGACGCCGUCUAUAAAGGGAUCCCGUUCUCCCAGAGACCUCAGGCCGACAACAUGGACCUCGAGUGGCGUCAGGGUCGACUGACCCGGAUCAUCCUUCAGGACGAAGACGUGACGACAAAGAUAGAGAGCGACUGGAAGAGACUGAACACACUGGCUCACUACCAGGUAACCGACGGCUCUCUGGUGGCGCUGGUCCAGAAGCAGGUUUCUGCCUACAACAUCGCCAACUCCUUCACCUUCACCAGAUCUCUGAGCAGAUACGAGUCGUUACUUCGAACGUCCAGCAGUCCCGACAGUCUGAGAUCCAGAGCGCCGAUGAUCACCCCGGACCAGGAGACAG